GGCGGUUUGUUUGGAAUUGUAGCCAGAGACGGUGCAAACGGACGGAACAAAUUUAAGUCAAAAAACGAACCAAUACAACUUUUUGGCUACAUAUCAUUAACCUAGCUGCUGUCCGAAGAAUAAUGGAUGAAUCUACGAAACGCUUACUGCAGCGACUCUUGAGACGGAUACAAACUCAAAUGCUAAGAACGACGCUGGAGAAGUGGGGCCGUCUGACUGACGACCAGCUGCGGUCCAUGGAUUUUACUCAGUCAAAAUGGGCGUUAACGGAAAAACUAAUCGCCAUUUGCGAGGAAAAUGAGUUGGCGGUUAAACACAUCACAGAACUCGAGAUGAUAUAUAUCAUUGACAAUCCAAGCCAAGGGAUGUGGUACGCCUUCCAGCUCAUGGACCCUGAAGAUGAUGCUCACUCUGUAGAGCUGACUCAGUUCAAGGAACAAUUUAAAUCCCACCUCAGAGAGCUCAUAAGACAUGUGUCUGUCAAAAUAAAGAAGCACACAGAUGAAGCUGUAUGGAUUCGGGUUGCAUGGGGGGACACCUUCUCUCGGCCCAACCACAUGAAACCAACGUAUGUGGUUCACUAUCUUCAAACCCCGUAUGUCUUUGUGACCAGCCUGACUUCGAAGCAAAAGCCCCUGUUAUCCCAGGCCUUGGUUCUGUCCACCAGAUAUCAAGCUAUCAAGGAUGCUAACCUCAGUGGACGGAAACUCACUGCCAUUAGAGACCUGCUGAUGAGGCAAUAUCACCAGGUGUUUCCCACCAGGUAUCCCGUCCCUCUUGCAGAAAAUAAUCAAACUGUCUCAAACCAACACAUUGAAAGAGAACAAGCUGAGUCUGCAGCAAACAGACUUCAGGCAGCCUGUGAGGCCUUUGGUGGUGGAGUGUUACCUCAGCUACAGUCUGCAGUUUACAAGCUGGAGACAAAAUUCAGAGACCACAGCAACAAGACCAUGACGGAGCGGGAGGAGCCCUUCAGAUGCGUUGUCAAAUUUGCAAGCACCAACCUCCUGGAGUCCCUCAGACACUGUGCAUCUUCAGGAAUUGCCUCCACCCCUGUCACACCUCUGCUCUCCUCCAUCCCCCUGAAAGGAAAGAAUUAUUUCGUUAUUACAGACAAUGGCCCUGGUCCCUCCUCACAAAUGCGCCAACCACAGAACUGAUGGGUGACAGGCUCGUGUGGCCUGCCAUGUGUAGUCCACCCAUGGUUUGCCAUUUGAACAUUAUAUCAUCUAGGUCUGGGCAAUAUAUUGAUAUUAUAUCGACAUCAAUAUAUGACACUAGAUAUUGUCUUAAAUGUUUGGGAUUCUGAUUUGACAGUGUCAUCUUUUCCUGGUUUUAAAGGCUACAUUACAGUAAAGUGAUGUAAUUUUCUGAAUUUACCAGACUGUAUUAGUUGUUCUAUUAAUUGCCUUGAGCCACUUGGUCCUUUUAUCUACAUUACUGAUGAUUAUUUAUCAAAAGUCUCAUUGUGGAAAUGUUUUGUGAAGCACCAAUAAUCAACCCAACAAU